AAGGAAGAAUAUUAGUUUCUAUUAUUGCUAGGGUUGUGUUAGAAAUUGAAACCGAAACCUCUCUUCCCCAGUUUUACGUCACACAGAAAACACAGAGGGGGAGGUUUAAAAGAAAACACGGAUGUAUUCGUGUAUUAGUGACUUCACUACAGCUGGAGAGUGAAGCUGCUAGCUGUUGCUGCUGGAUCUGUGUCUGUUCUCACUUGAUGAAAGAGGUGCUUUUUUAAUAUCCAUGAUUUAUUUUAAAAGCCAGGAGAUUCCUUAAUACCAGCAUAAACCUAGAAGAAUAGCUGCCCUAUCCUUCAUCAAGAAAAGAAAGUAUGAACUUCAGAGGAGGCCAGUUCAUGAUAGAUCAUCGUCAAAUUGCAGAGAACUUAAAAUUACAAGGGAAUGACUUUUAUAAAAAUGGUCACUAUAUAAAAGCCUGCCAGACAUAUGAUGAAGCAAUUGGUUUUAUUUCUCAGAUUAUACAUUUGGGAAACUUUCAGAGGGAAUUGUCAGUGUUGUGGUACAACCGUGCCAAUGCCUUGUUCAAACUCGAGAAAUGGCAGGAAGCCUUAAUGUCAGCAAAUCAAAGCAUUACAUUGGAUCAUCGAUAUGUCAAGGCAUAUUAUCGAUCUGGCUGUUGCUUUCUAAAGUUGUUUGAUACUCGCAGUGCCCUAAUGAUGUUCUCUGAUGGACUUAGUAUGCUGUCUGGCACCUCAGAAAUAGAAAGUAUAGCAGACUUCUUAAAUGGCGUAUUCCAGACAUUCGAAGAGUCAGACUUUGACCCCAUGUUCUUGCGCAUAUUUGAUAGAAUCCUGAAAGAGAAAUACAGCAAGCAGAUCUGGAAGAUGCUUAUUGAAAGACUGGUAAAUAAAAAGAUGUUUAAGUCGUGUCUUUUUCUCAUGGAAUGCCGUGAUAAGUUGCCAAAGGAUAUCUGUGAUUUGCGCAUGUCACUUAAGGGUAUAUUUGAGACAUAUGCGAAUUCUACUUGGUGCAGAAAUACGAAAUCAAUAACAGACCUUGUGCAGUGGCUGACAACAAUGGGCGCUAAUGUCGAAAGCACUAAUUAUCCUUUGCAUGCCAUCAUUAAUUUGUGCAUAAAAUCAGAUAAUUGCAACCUCUUCAAUCAGAUUUUGAGAAAUAAACCGUCUUUAAGAGAAAAGAUAAAUCAGAAAGAUAAGGAUGGAAGAACACUGCUACAUAUAGUAGCUUUUUCUUGUACAUCUACCUCUGGGUAUACAAUGAAGCGUCAAGCAAACGAUAUAAAGAUGCUAUUGGAUUACGGAAGUGACCCAUCUAUUCCAGAUCAACAGCAAAUGUAUGUUUCUGACAUACUAAAGAGAAGCAAAAAUUUUAAAGCUGAGUCCAUAAUAAAGAAACAUUUGGAAAACCUGUCCUGUCAUCCAUCUCAGACCAAAGACAUAGAAGCAACACUUUCUGAGAAGCAAAAACUGCCACCUCAAGAGGAAAUGUCCCUUUCACUUGAAAAUGCCGUGGAACAAUUUAUGUAUUUUUGCAAGCAGGAGAGUGUACCAGCACCUAACCUCUUAAAGCACAAAAAAGUUAAAAGUUUUUUGCAUAUCCUCUCUACCGUCAAAGAUAUCCCACCUGGCCUAGUUUGUGAUAUCCCAGAAUCUGUUGUACAAGACCUAAUCACACAGCUCCUAAUGCAGCAGAGGUGGCAGGAAGUACUGUUACUAUUAACUGGAGCUGUCGAUGGAACACCAGCAGGGGAAAGCAAAGGACUUUUGAAAAGAUGCCCACUCCCUGACAUCAACAUUGGCCAUGUGGUACAUCAUCUAAGUCGUAAAUCAGAAGUUCGUCUGCCUUUAGUCAAAUUGUUAUUAGACCAAGGAGUCUCUCCAGAUGGAGUUGGAGCACUCUGUGAACCACCAAUGUGCACUUGUCUAAAGAACAAUGACUUUGCACUGGCUUACUUAUUGUUGAAGGCAGGUGUAACUCCACAGAAUAUCUCCCUGAAUCAAGGGGAUACCCCACUGCAUGCUGCAGCUUACAUUGCCUUGUGCAGAAAAGAUGAUUAUGGUAUCAUGAUAAUGAAGCAUCUUCUUGACUUAUACUCAUCUGAACCAUUAGAAUACUCUUAUUUAAACCCCAACAUACAAGAUUCCAAUGGGGACACAAUAAUGCACAUGGUUUUUCAGAGUCUAUAUCAAAAACAGUAUCGGGCAGUAAUUGAGCUGCUUUCAAAGUUUGAUAUAAAACUUACAAUAAAAAAUAAAUUGGGCAAGGAUGCUAGACACAGGAUCAAGGAUAAAGAUGCCCAUUACAUUGCAUGGAAUGAAGCCAGUAAGAAAAACAAGCAAGAUCUACCUUGCACUUCUUUAAAACCUAAAAAGACCUCUUCAAAUGGGAAUAAGCCACAGACAAAACUGCAAACAAAGUCAUCCCCUCCUUUAGCUGCUAUAGAAAAUUCUGAUAUUUCUAGUGCAGAGACAGAUAUAAAUGUUGACAAGCAAGUUUUAGUUAAUCCACCAGUACUAAAUAUGGUAAACACAAUCAAACCAAUGACUGCCAAAGACAUUCUUUCUCAAGCCAUCCAAGAUUUAAUAAAGGGUAUGGAUUUUACAAGGGCACCCACAGAAUCUAGAAUUCUCACGUCUACUGUUUCUUCAACAACAAAGGACAAUUUGAUUUCUUUGUGCUCAAAUGAUACCCAGUCACAAAGUGAGGAUUUUUGUGAAGACGAGCAGGCUGUAAAUUAUGUGACUGAGUUUGAUGACAAUGAACAUGAAUCUAACUUGCUGGAGGAUGACUUAGAUAUUUCAAAGACUGACUUUGGUAAUAUGACAUGGGAAAUUGAAUGUGCACCUGAAGCUCUGAAAAAAUUAGGGAGUAAAGCUGUACCACAGUAUAUGAAAAAUAAAAUAAUACUCUCUAUCCAGAAGCUUGGAAAUGGGGAAUGGACACGUAGCCUUCACAAACAGCUGAAGUACUUAAAGUGUGAUAUAAAGCUCUUUGAAGUGAAACUGGACAAAGGUGCAAGGAUGCUCUGGGAACUUGCUAUUGAUUUUUCACCACGUUGCAGUGAGAAGCCUGAAACAAUUAUGGGGGAUGAAUCAUCUUCCAAUGCCUCAAAUAAAACAGGAAGAGUUUACACUGAAAUCAUAAGAAUAUGGGACAUUGUGCUUGAUCAUUGCAAACUCAGUAGUGCUAUUGAUGUCAUAUGUCAUGCUUACAAUCGAGGGUUGACCUGUAUAUUAAGAAAAAAACUUAAAGGCAUCACUAAGUCACAUUUAUUCUCAAAUGUAGAAAAGCGUGUUCCACUUUGCUUUGUUGAAGACAUUGAACUGGAAACUAAUAUGAUUCAUGUCAUACCAAAUUAUUUUCCUCCAGCAAGUGCUGCAGAAACAGAAUACAGUAUAAUGAAAUUCCAUAGUUUCAGUACAGACAUGGCCCUUAAUAUUUUAAACAACAUCAGUACACGAGUUGAAUAUCCUUUUCGCGUUGGUGAAUUGGAAUAUGCAGUUAUUGAUCUUAAUCCAAAACCAAUGGAAGCAAUAAUAUUAAUUGGACGAAGUGGAACAGGCAAGACAACUUGCUGUCUGUAUCGUCUUUGGAAAAAGUUCCACUCUUAUUGGGAAAAGGCAGAAUUAAUUGGUGGCCCCUGGCUUGUGAAACAAACAUGGCAAAGAAGAAAUUUUGAUGAAAAUGUUGAAAACGGUGACACAGAAGAUGAAGACACUACAGAUACUGAAGAAAUGGAUAGCACAGAGGAAGAGCAGAUAUCAUUGGAACAAGAUUCACUCAAUACAGAUGAAACAUUAUCAGAGUAUGAAGAUGAAAAAGAUCCUUGCAAAUUAGAGCACUUUCAUCCUAUUUUUAUUACCAAAAACCAUGUGCUUUGUCAGGAGGUACAAAGAAAUUUUUGUGAGCUGAGUAAGUCUACAAAAGCAACAAAUCAUUUCAGACCAGCCGAAUCAAAUAUUUACAGGCUGCAAGACCUAAAAGAUGAGCACUUUCCCUUGUUUGUCACUUCUCAGCAACUUUUGUUGCUAUUAGAUGCUUCAAUGUCUGAUCCAUUUUUCCCCAGAAAUGAAGAUGGAAGUCUCAAGAGGAGCAUCAUUGGCUGGUCUUCUUCAGAUGAAAUUGAUAUUCCAGACUUGAUGAGAGACUAUGAUGAAGACGAUGGUGAACUAGAUAAUGAGAAAGAGGAAACAGUCUGUGAACUGAAAGAGAGGGACCCUCGAGUGUUUGUAACCUUUGAAUUAUUUGCCGGUGAACUGUGGCCACAAAUGGUGAAGGGAAAAACUACUUAUAAUGCAGCAUUAGUUUGGAAAGAGAUAAAGUCAUUUUUAAAAGGAUCUUUUGAAGCUCUUAGCUGUCAUCAGGGUAAACUUACAGAGGAUGAGUACUAUAAACUAGGCAAGAAAAGAGCCCCCAACUUUCAAGAAGAUCGCAAGGAAAUAUAUCACCUUUUCUCCAUGUAUGAGCAAAUAAAGUCAAAAAAAGGGUACUUUGAUGAAGAGGAUGUUUUAUACCAUUUAUCUUGCCAAUUAUCAAAACUUGAAGACUUGCCAUGGUCCAUUCAUGAGCUCUAUGGAGAUGAGAUUCAGGACUUCACACAAGCAGAGCUUUCUCUGCUGAUGAGAUGCAUUAAUGAUCCCAAUUCAAUGUUUCUUACUGGAGAUACAGCACAGAGCAUAAUGAAGGGGGUUUCAUUCCGUUUCAGUGACCUACGGUCUUUGUUCUAUUAUGCAAACAAGAAUGCGAAAAGUGACAGAAAAAAAUGUUUUGUUAGAAAACCAAAACGCAUCUAUCAACUAUAUCAAAAUUACAGAUCCCAUUCAGGGAUUCUCCACCUUGCUUCUGGUGUUGUUGAUUUGCUGCAGUAUUUCUUUCCUGAAUCAUUUGAUCGACUCCCACGCGAUUGUGGCUUGUUUGAUGGGCCAAAACCAACUGUUCUGGAGUCCUGCAGUGUCAGUGACUUGGCUAUAUUAUUGCGUGGCAACAAGAGAAAAGCACAGCCAAUAGAAUUUGGAGCUCAUCAGGUGAUUCUGGUAAAAAAUGAAAGUGCCAAAGAGAAGAUCCCAGAAGAGUUGAGUUUGGCUUUGGUUCUGACAAUUUACGAGGCCAAAGGUUUGGAAUUUGAUGAUGUUCUCCUAUAUAACUUCUUCACUGAUUCAGAGGCUUCCAAGGAAUGGAGAAUCAUUUCCUCCUUCAUGCCAGAAUCUCAUUCAGAUGUUGAAAGCAAGCCACUGAUUGAAAUUUCUAUGGAUAAAGUCUGUAUGCCUGUUAGUAGACAGUUGAAAAUGAACCCAGAACUACAUAAGAUGCUGAAUGGAGAACUGAAGCAGUUGUAUACAGCUGUGACAAGAGCUCGGGUUAACCUAUGGAUAUUUGAUGAGAGUCAGGAAAAACGCGCUCCAGCUUUUGGAUUCUUUAUCAAGGGAAACUUUGUUGAAGUUGUACGCACAGAUGAAAACAAAGAUCUCGAUGAUAAUAUGUUUGUGAGAACAUCUACUAAAGAUGAAUGGAUUUCCAGAGGAGACUAUUAUGCCAGCCACAAAUGUUGGAAAGUUGCUGCUAAGUGUUACCAGAAGGGAGAGGCUACUGAUAAGGAGAAACUGGCCUUUGCUCAUGAUGCGGUUUUGCAUUUGCAGACAAAAAAAGCCAGUGCCAGAGAAAAGCAAAUGGAGUUCUUGCGGCUUGCAAAAACAUACAUGGAAUGCAGAGAGCCAAAACUAGCUGUCAAAUGCCUAGCAUUUGCAAAAGAAUUUCACCUUUGCGGAGAACUCUGUAGAAAGCUUGGAAAGAAUAAGGAUGCUGCAUACUUCUUUAAGAAGAUUCAAAACAAUGUGAUUGCGGCUCAGUGCUUUGAAGCGGCUGGGGAAUUGGAGAUGGCAUUAAACUUAUACCGCCAAGAGAAGAUGUAUGAAGCAGCAGUUCUUAUGUUAGAAAAGCACAAGAAAAACCCAAAUCUACAUGUACCAUUUACAGCAAAACAUUUCUAUUUGGAAGCUGCUGCUAAUUUAUUUACCAAUAAUAAAAUCAAGAAGAUGAAUGAAAUUCUGGCAAAUCUUGAUGUUGAAGAUCAGUUGGUCUUUUUGAAGAAGCACAAGAGAUGGAGUGAAGCUGCCAGUUUGCUUAAAAAACACGGGCGCUGUGAAGAAGCAGCAUUUCUUAUGAGAGAUCAUGGAAAACUGUUAGAAGCAGCAGAUCUGACCAUGAAUAAAGAAUUUCGAGCAUUAUGUCUGCUUGCUGCAGCAAGAUGUCAGAUAAAUGAUUGUGAUGUAAGUAAUGAAAUAGGUGACACCAUUGCUGAGGCUAUGCAGAUAUUUAAGGAAAUACACAACGGAAUAGGUGUUGCUGAGGCUACUCUCCUGGAAGGAAUUAUGACAAAGGAUUUUGGGAAGCUUCACUCCUCAUUUCAAAGCUUUGUGCGGCAGUUUCAUUGUGCAGGGGCUGUAGAAGCACUCUGUGAAUGUAUAAAAUGUGAUGAAUUCAAUCAAAAAUUGCUUUUCCUGGCUGCUUCAGGAUUGCAGCAUCUGAUUACUCUCCUUAAAGCUCUAAAAGCACCAAAGACCAAUGCGGACAGGGAAAAUGUUAAAUCAUGUCUUGAAUUUUUUGGAGUUGUACAAAAGGAAGAAGACACAUGUAAAAUUCUACAGCAUGAAGGAUCAAGAAUCUUCCAAAUUUUCACUGAAGAGAACUUUGACAUAAAAGAUAGGAACAUCGAACUUAAUAUAAUAAAGUCAUUGUUAGAAAGGCAUUUUCUUAAAAGAUUGUGUAACAUCUCAGCAAAAGUACUUGGAAAUGUUUAUCCAGAAUCCGAUAUUUGUCCUAAAUUCAUAGCCGGACUAGAUUGCACUGAUGAAAAUUGUCAAGACUUCCACAGGCCUGUGCUACAGCAUGAAUUUAAAAGAAUGUUACUGUCUAAAAGAAAUUUAACAACUAUCAGUGGAUUGUUACUUGAUGCAAGACAUCUCUCAAAAGAAUUUGCCAGUGAGCUCCAAGAAAUUCUGGGUGCUGAUGUAUUUCGGUUUCCUCGUUCUCUUCUAAAUUUGUUAUUCCCUAAACAUUUUCAUCUUCGAAUCCUUUCAGAAAACAAAGGGGUGUGCAAAAUAUUUGAAGAGAUACGGCGCAACUUUCCAAAGCCUUGUAUUAACAUGCUUACUGAAUAUGGCAAGUCCCUUUUUAAAGAAAAAGAUGAUAGCGAGAGGAGAGCAUCAACAGAUCUAUGGUUAAAAGCAAUGUGCAUUUUCUCUUUGUCUUCGUGUUAUCCAGAUGAAUUAAAAUGUUUACUUGAUGAGGUAGAAGUCAAAUUUAACAGGGAUUACAUGCCUCAAAGCAAAUAUAGACAUGAAGCAAAAGAAGAUGGUAGGCGAUUAAAAGGCCUUGAUGUUAAAUAUGGCAUGUUGAAACCUGAUGUCUCUAGUGGCUCUUUAAAAGAUAGACACAUUCACUUUUUUCGUCUUUUUCAAAGUUCAGUGGACCAACUGUACAUCCUCAAAAAUCCAGAAUCCAGUAAAACUCAUUUUUUCAGAUUCCUAAAUUAUAUAGUCAAAAAGUCAAUUUGCCCAUUAAUUCCAAACAUUGGAAACUCAGUUAUGCUGUUGGAAUUCCAGUUUAUAUUCUGUUGUGUAGUUCUUAUGCGCCUUUCUCCUAGCAUUAGGGUUCUGCUUCCAAAAAGUUACAUCUCUGUACUCCAUCAUUGGGAAUCCAUGUUUGGAAGGAAAGGAAAGUCUGUGGUGAAAGAUACAUAUUCUAUUUUGAUGGAAUACAAGCCAAGGAAUGAAAAGCAAGCUAUAGGAAACUUCAAAUAUCAUCUUACUUAUCUUGCUAAAGUUCUUUGUGGGGCAGAGGAGCAUAACUUCAAUGUCCUCCUUGAUGCAUUUCGUGACAUUGACUGCAUCUAUUCUGGGGAAGCCGAGAGAACACUGGUUCUCUACUUAGUGAUGAUGGUGAAUGUUAAAGGAGUCAUGAACUCACAAACUGAUAUUAUACUUAAAAAUAAUUUUCCUUUUAUUCAGCAAGAGCUGAAAAACCAAAAAGAAAUGUUUCCAUCAAAAGUACCAGAGAGGUUACUUAAUACAGUAAACAAUUUACCUGAUAACGCAGAAGAAAUUGUUAACUUUCUCCAGAAUCUGCUAAGUCAGAGGGAUGAGGAGCGUUUAGUUGACUGCUGUUGGAGGUGGGAUGGCGCCUUUUUUAAAGGAUCUGUACGUGGAAUUUUCUAUGAUGAUAAGUUCAAGUUUAAAGAAUUUGCUAACGUCCAACACAUAAAACAAGACUUUGAGUCUCCAUAUUUUGAAGAUGGACAAGAAUAUUUUCCAGAAGAAAAAGUUGAUAUUGUGGCAACCUUGGUAUCUCAGGUGCAGCAGAAGCAUUCAGCUAUGCAACAAUUUCAUGAACUUUUGAUUUUUGUCUGCUUUUGCAUAAAGUGGAAAAGGGCUUCCCUUCAUGCAAAAAAAAGGAGAAUGGAAGAGUCCACUCCAGACAGCUUUAAAAUAGCAGGCAUUGACACAACCCAAUGUGACCUAUGUGGAGUAAAGUUUUCUCUCUCUCCAACAUUGUUCUCCGCUCCUACAGAAGAAUAUGAGGAAGAAACAGUGUCACCAACAACAAAUGAGAUCGAAAAUAGUGGAUACCUUGAAUCCCUGGUUGUACCAAAUAUCAGCAUGACCUAUGAGAAUCACAUUAACCUAGAAACUCACUGUCACCAAAUGCAAGCUUACAAUAACUACCUUCAGUUUUACAAAUUAAAAGUGAACGCGGUACUUUCCGAGGCAAAAUCCCUGGUGCAAAGCAUGAAGCAAAUGACUGAUGAUCAGUUAGCGACAGAGUUAAAUUUAGAGCAAACAAAGAUUAAAAACAAAAUGAAAGACAUUGUAGAUCGGAUGGAAGACAUAUAUGAGAGAAAAAAAUGGUCUGAAGCUGAAAUGUUAAUGGAGAGCCCACUUCAAGCGUUAGAAUCCACUCUUUCUGAAGCUCAAAGUGUCCUGAAUAAAGCAGAACAGCAUAUGGCAAAUCAAGAAGGUUUACAAAAGAAGGAUCUGUUUGAUCAUGAAAUAGACUAUGAUUUUGAAGAACUUUGGUCAAAAAAAACAAAGAAGGCCAAGAAAAAAGGCAAGCGCCACUGAAGUGAAAAGCAUUCCAAAACAUACUGAAAAUGGUGUUGAAUUUAAUUGUAUUGUUUAUAAUUUAAAAUGUAAUUUUGUAACAAUCACAUAUAGGGAAUUUAAAUGGUAUUAUAUUUUACUAAAUAAUGUUUCACAAAUCAACAAGCAAACUGUUCUGUACCGAAUAUCACUUUACAUUGCUACUACACCUUUCUGCAUUGUGUCACAUGAAAUGUAUAGGGGUUUUUUUCUGCACAUUAGCCCAAUUAUGGCAACACUUUUUAUAGAUGUUUGCACAAUAUAUAUCACACUUUUAUUCACACAAUUUGCCUUUUCUGAAUUUGUUUUUCAUUUAACGCACAUGAUAUAACUGAAUUUGUGUAAAAUGCAUACAGUAUAUAUAUUUAACAAGGAAAUAUUUCACUGAACGUAUUUGUGUCCUUCUAUUUUUGUAUUAUGUAUGUAUUCCUGGCACUAUACAUCCAAUGUUCAUUGUUACAUUUCGAGUGGUGGCAUAUGGAACUUAUGGAAACCUCUGCUGAAGUAACUUCAGCGCUGCUGGCAAAGUAUCAGAAUAUACCUUUGUGUAGAACUCCAUAGCUGUUAAAACAUCUGAAAUUCAAAUUUGUACUGGCAAACAAUUUUUCUGAUUUUUGUCAUCCAUUCUGGAGGAGAUUUAGCAUAGGACAGCACUCAACUAUAAAAGCUCUACCCCAUGAUAUUCACCUCAUCUUCCCAUCCUUCUCUCAAGAGCAUAGUAGGGUGUUAUUUGUAUCCAUCACCCAGGUGCUGCUCUAUGACUGCAUGUUUUUGGUGCUUUUUGGUUGCAGGUUAACAUAGAGCAUAGGGAGACACAAAUUUGAUUUUGUUUCAACUGUGCCCCUGUAAGUUAGACAUUUUACAGCAGCUGUGUGCACACAGAACAGUUGGGCUUCAUUUUUUGUUUCCAUUCGGAUCGUUUGGCUGGAUGAUUCGCAUUUCUGAGAGAAUAAUAGAAAAUAAUUCAUACUUAUCCAUAAUUACUAGAUAACAACAUUGCAUUAGUGCUAAAGAGAUAUGUUAGGAGAUUGAUCUUUUUUAGAAAGCUGUUUUUUGUGGUUUAUUAUAAUCAUUUACUUUGUAAAUUACUAAUGCAACAUACUUAUUCUGUUUUUGAUAAGUGAUCAUUCAGCAUUUCCAAUGGCUAUCAUUUUAUCUAAUUUCAUGUUUUUUUAAGAAUUGUGACUGUUUUCAAGUUUAUAUCUUUCCAUGCUAACUUUUUUAAAUAAGAUGUAUAUUUGCAAUUGAAUUUUUUUUUUAUUAAUGAGCUUAAAAUGUUUCAAAACUUUCAAUAUGAAUCUAAAAAUACAGGCUUGUUUUCUUUA